AUGACCACUCCAGGAGAAGCAAGAGGAGGAUACGGGAAGUAUUUCACUGGUGGACUACACACUUUACAUGCAUCAUCAACGAGGGAAGAAAUUGAAGAAUGUUAUGAUAAGUGGGCUGACGCUUAUGACAAGGUAGGUAUCUAGAUGCGGUCGCAAGAGAUUGCUGUGAGCGGUAGAUUCUUUUACUUCAUCAGCGUGGAAGCGGGCUCUCAGUAGCAAACAGCGGCACGAGCAGCGAAGCCCACAACAGGUCUAUAAGAAGUCUCAUUAUCUUUUCAGAACCCUCACGCAUUCACAUUGCUCGUAGGGUCGCAGGCUCCAAACGCAUGGCUUUUGCCGCUAGUGUCGUGGCGCCAGUGAAAGCCUAAGCUGCUUCGGCACAAGCGUUUUUUCAACCGUGGGAAAUAAUGAAGCCUUGAGCACAUAAGCCAGCGAGAUAGUAAGGUCUGCUAGGGGUCUAUAGCACCGGUAUUAUUAGUACCAGACCGCCCUGGAAACCUCUCCUGUACUCGUCUCAACUCUUCCUCAACUCUUCCCGCGAGGGAAAAACGCGCAACCUGCUGCGCUGAUAAUGAGGACCUCCUCUUUCGGGCUCAGUUCGUAGGAAAGAAAUUCUACUCUCUCCGCACCUCUACCGCGGAACAUAAAUUGCCUCUGGCACUGAAGAGAGGACGCCGUGGGGGAAAACGUCGGUUUUUUUCUAUUUUCUUAUUGGUUUGUCUAUUUUUUCGUUUGUUUCUUUCUUUUUUUGAAGAUCUUACAUUUAAUAACGUACGAGGAAUGCACUGACAGUUUAUAGGUGAUAAAAUUGUAUUUUCCAAAAAGAAAAUAAAGCUAAAGCUAAAACAACAACAGCCUUAUGCGCCGCACUCCGAAGUUGCUUGCGGCUCUUCGAGGGUUCUGAUCUUUCUCCAGUGCUUCCAAGACUUUAUACUUGUUAUAUUUCCCAUUUCAGGAUCUUAUGUCCGCGGGUUGCGUCAAACAUGAACCAAUGGUUAGAGUUUUCGACGAAGCAAUUAAGAUAGCCAUGCCAAACAAACCGAAAUGCCAAGUCAGAAUAAUGGACAUGGGAUCCGGGACUGGACUUCUGGGAGUGGAGCUGAACAAAAGGGGCUACACAAACGUAGACGCCCUAGAUGUCACUCAGAAAAUGUUGGAUGUAUCUAGGGAGAAGGGCGUCUACACGAAAUUUAUAUGUGCCCAUCUAACGGAGGCGCGGACCCCUGGCAUUGAGGAUGGUGAUUACAAUGCCAUAAUUUCAUCUGGAGUGGUUACAGCGGCUUACGGACAUAUUAGACCACCGGCCUUUUAUGAGAUGAUGAGAGUAAUUAGCGAUGGUAAGUGUGGUGAUUUCCUUUCCUUUUAGUUCCUCUCUAAGCCAUGCUGACUGAGCAAAUCAAGUUUUUCUACUAAGAGAGUCUCAAUGGAGGUCAACCGAGAACUGUCAGGACCUCCAGCCCUUAGGAUUGGCUGUUUUUUUUCUAUACCUCUUACUAAACCGAGUUUGAGUUUUGCACUGUAACUUGCGGACCGAGUUAUUCCUGCUUGUAUUUAUAGCCCAAGCUUGUAACAUGCGGGCCACUGAUAAGUCGGACGAGGUUUCUUUACUGACUGUACAGACAAAAAUAAAGUGGUUAGAAAGAUAUUUUUCAUAUCUUUGAGUUCAAAUAGAGGGGGAAGAUUUCGAUUCAAACAAACUUUUAAAUUUAGCGGGCCGUACAGUUAAAUACACUCAGAAAAAUUGACCAAUCAUAGCGUACGCACUGAGAUGUAAUAAACAACAACUUUUCACCGAAGUGGUGGUAUGUGGUGGAUAAUUACCGAGCCGUGACGAGGGAAAUAUCCACCGCUAGCCACCGAGAUCGAGGUAAAUAGUUGUUUUAGUAUAUACUUGAACAGUAAGAUUAUAUAGCACAUAAGGAUAAUAAUAACUCAUUUAUUCUUGCAACGGUUAUCAUAUUUUCGGGCGCGAGUUGCUCAAAGGUGAAUGGCAAAGGUUAUUCAAAGUUCGAGCAGCCAAUCAAAGCGCGCCUUCAACGCCAUACAUUGUUGUAGUAUAUACUAAAAGGCGCUAUUGACCAAGCUAGAGAUCAAAGCCACGGAAUAUCUAUAGAUCCCUUGCUUUUUUAACAGUCCGAGAAGAAGCAAACAAAAAUUACAACAACAACAACAACAACGAAAACCGAUGUUUACUAUCUGUGUGUCUUUAUUUUUCCAAUUUUAUUUUAUUUUGUUUUAUAAAGGAGGCGUUAUCUAUUUCAACGUUCGCACCAAGGAAAUUCCUGACUUCAGGCCGAGCAUGAAAGAGCUGGAAGAUAAGGGCCUGUGGACGCUUAUCAAGGAAGAACAAGUACCACAUUAUAAUAUUGAAGAUCCUGCUCUACCAAAAAGUACCACUGUAUUUGCGUUUCAAGUUCACCACAAGGAGCUCCACGUUAUUUAA